GAGGGGCCGGCGUUCCCGCCGGGGGUUUGCAGGCUGCGAGGGCAAGAGGAGGAAAGCGAGCGGCCGUUUCUGCGCAGCCCCAGAGCGCGCCGCCUCCCCCCGGGGCUCUUGGGAAUCUCGAGGCAAUCCUGGAAGGCGUAUUUCAGCUGUCCAAAGACAACUUCAUACCUAUAUAAUGUAACAGAAAAGGUCAGAAGACAUUAGGCAAAUAGAAGUGUGGAGCGUAUUAAGCAAGAUGAGCGUCUCUGGCAGCAGUUCUGGAAGCCCUAGUUCUGCAGAUGUAUCUAAUGACUUUAAGGAUCUUUGGACAAAAUUAAAGGAGUAUCAUGAUAAAGAAGUACAAGGUUUACAAGUAAAAGUAACCAAAUUGAAAAAGGAACGAAUUUUAGAUGCACAAAGGCUAGAAGAAUUCUUCACCAAAAAUCAACAGCUGAGAGAGCAACAGAAAGUCCUUCAUGAAACCAUUAAAGUUUUAGAAGAUCGGUUAAGAGCAGGAUUAUGUGAUCGCUGUGCAGUAACUGAAGAACAUAUGCGGAAAAAACAGCAGGAGUUUGAAAAUAUCCGGCAGCAGAAUCUUAAACUUAUCACAGAGCUUAUGAAUGAAAAGAAUACUCUACAGGAAGAAAAUAAAAAGCUUUCUGAACAGCUGCAGCAGAAAAUUGAGAAUGACCAGCAGCAUCAAGUAACUGAGCUUGAAUCUGAGGAAAAUGCUAUUCCAGAUUCACCAAUAACGGCCUUUUCCUUUUCUGGCAUUAACCGGCUACGGAGAAAGGAGAACCUCCAUGUCCGAUACAUAGAACAAACACAUACUAAACUGGAACACUCUCUGUGUACAGAUGAAUUGAGAAAAGUUCCAAAAUCUUCAACUCAUCUACAACAAAAGCCUAAUGAAAAUGAAACUCUAGUGGCUGACACUUGUGAUCAAAGUCAGUCUCCAAUGGCUAAAGCACAUGGGACAAGCAGUUAUCCCACUGAUAAAUCAUCUUUUAAUUUAGCUACAGUUGUUGCUGAAACACUUGGACUUAGUGUUCAAGAAGAAUCUGAACCUCAAGGUCCCGUGAGCCCUCUUGAUGAUGAGCUCUACCACUGUCUGGAAGGAGAUCACAAGAAACAACCUUUUGAGGAAUCUGCAAGAAAUAGUGAAGAUAGUUUAAGAUUUCUAGACUGUAAUUCAAAGACUCCUCCUCAAGAAGAGUUGCCCACUCGGGUAUCAUCUCCUGUAUUUGGAGCUACGUCUAAUGUGAAAAGCAGUUUAGGUUUGAAUACAAGUUUGUCCCCUUCUCUUUUAGAGACUGGGAAAAAAAACCAUCUGAAAAUGGCACCUUUCAGCAAUACUUCUGACUCUAGAUCAGAGAAAACUAGAUCAAAAUCUGAAGAUAAUGCCCUUUUCACACAUCUUUAUCUUGGGUCUGAGGUGAACAAGAUCAUUAGCCAAUCAUCUUCUAAUAAGCAAAUGCUUAUAAAUAAAAAUAUAAGUGAAUCCACAAGUGAACAGGAGAAUCUUGAUCAUAUUAAAGAUGCUAUUACUGAUAAGGAUAAACAUGUGAUGCCCCUGAAAUCAUUGGUAGGCAGAACAUCCAAAAGGAAGAAAAUUGAGGAAGAAAGUGAAGAUGAAGUAAGCUGCCCCCAAGCUUCUUUUGAUAAAGAAAAUGCUUUUCCUUUUCCACCGGAUCGUCAUUCUUCCUUGAACGGAGACUAUGUGAUGGACAAACCUCUGGAUCUGUCUGAUCGAUUUUCAGCUAUUCAGCGUCAAGAGAAAAGCCAAGGAAGUGAGCCCUCUAAAAUCAGAUUUAGGCAGGCGACUCUCUCUGAGGCUUUGAAGCCCAUCCCGAAGAGCUCUUCUUCAAGCCGCAAGGCCUUGAGUGGGAGCUGUACGUUAACCAGAGAUUCCCCAGAGGAGCCCUGGUUACAGGAGUGCGGCCUCCAGUCCUUGAGUAAAUCCUCUCCAGAUAAUAAAACACCAUUACAAAUAAAGGAAGAAAAUCCUGUCUUUAAAAUCCCUCUAUGUCCACGUGAAAGUUUGGAGACAGAGAGUCUUUUUGAUGACAUGAAGGGUGCUGGUUCUCAUGAGCCAAUAAAAAAAAAACCCAGGUCAAUCCAUGGAGCAUGUGAACUUGCGUCUGUUCUUCAGUUAAAUCCGUGUAGAAAUGCUAAAGCAAAGUCUCCACAAGACAGCCAAGAUACGUCCUUUGAAAAUACCCAGUGGAGUGUAGAUCCAGGAGCAGACCUUUCUCAGUAUAAAAUGGAUAUUACUGUAAUCAACACAAAGGAUAGCAGUCAGUCAAGAUUAGCAGGAGGAGAGACAGUGGACAUGGACUGUACAUUGGUUAGUGAAACUGUGCUUUUAAAAAUGAAGAAGCAAGAGCAGAAGAGAGAAAAAAGCCCAAAUGGAGAAAGAAAAAUGAAUGAUAGCUUGGAAGAUAUGUUUGAUCGGACAACACAUGAAGAAUAUGAAUCCUGUUUGGCAGAUAGCUUCCCCCAAGUAGCAGAUGAAGAGGAGGAAUUGUCAGCUGUCACAAAGAAACCAAACACUCAUGGUGAUAAACAAGAUAAAGUCAAACAGAAAGCAUUUGUGGAGCCGUAUUUUAAAGAUGAUGAAAGAGAGACUAGCUUACAAAAUUUUCCUCAUAUUGAGGUGGUUCGGAAAAAAGAAGAGAGAAGAAAAUUGCUUGGACACACAUGUAAGGAAUGUGAAAUUACAAAAUGUGAUGAAUAGAUUCUACUUCAUUCUUAGAACACAACUGUGUUUUCCUUUUGUACAUUGGCUGUCUUGGACUGUUGAAGUAGAUGGUACUAAUUGUCCUGUUACUAAGUAUUCCCAGGCAGGUUCUCUAUUUUCUUGAAACUUGCUGUUUUUAUUUCUUCUGUCGCUAUCCAUUAGCUAUCAGAUGCUUGCUUUUAGCAAUUUGCUUCCCCUUUUAAAUUUCCUAUUUAACAACUAUGGGCUAAAAAAUCUGAUAACCAAGCACAUUAAGGUUAUAUGUGAAUAGAUUGCAGUGUAGGUAAGCAUUUGGUGAGAAAUAUGCGCUCAUACACUAACAGUGGGAGUCUAAAUUAGGAUCACUAUUUUGGAAAGCAGUUUGGCAAUACAAGUAAAACCUCUCCUGUAUGAUGAGUUUCAUAGCACAAUUUGAAUAUUUCAUGAUUUCUUAACUAAGGAACACAGUCCACACUAAGUAAACCUCCAGUCUUUAGUUACAAUCUGGAAUUAAUAUUACCAGUUAGAAAAAAGUUAUUUUGCUAGAAACACUGUUAAUUUGCUUUCCUUCUCUCAGGAAUCAUUUUCUGAGUUGUUAUCCAAUCUCUGAAAACCAUUGUUUCAUACAUUUUAUUCCAUUUUUUUGGUUGUUUAAGGUAGAAGGGUAAAUCUUUUCUCUCUUACUUCCUCAUAACCAGGAGUAAAAGUGCCAGUCCCAUGUAUUUAAAUAUUAUCUGUAUGCUUACAGUUCCUAAAUGCAUCCGUUUGCCUAAUCCGCAUGUAGAGGAUGUAAUACACAGGUGGAUGUAUAAUAGUCAUCUCAAAUUUUGCAUGUCUAAAAGCAAACUUAGAUUUUCUACUUCCAAAUCCCAAACCUCACCUGUGAGUCUCUUGCAUGUCCAUUCUUCUAGUUGUUUAAACUAAAAGUCUUGUAGUUAUCCUCUACUCUUUUCUUACAUAUUUCCGUUUCCAGCCGCUUAUUAUCUCCACCACUAACCCCUUGGACCGAGGCACCAUUUCAUCUUGUCUGGACUAUUGAGAUAGCUUCUAAGUUGCCCUCCUUGUGUAUAUUCAUUUGUUUUAGUAAUAAACUAUUUUUUUAGAGCAGUUUUAGGUUCAGAGCAAAAUUGAACAGAAAGUACAGAGAGUUCUCAUAUACUCCUGUCCCCAUUCUUUUCUUUUCGUUCUUGUCUCUUCAAAUGUAUUUUCAAAGCAGCAAUGAAUAGUCUUUUUUUAUAAUGAUUUUUUUAGAAUAAAAGUUAAAUCAUGUCACUCCUCUACCAAAAACCCUUAAAAGUCUUCCCAUCUCACUAAGAAAUAGAAUCCAAAGUCCUUAUCAAAGACAACAAACUCUGACACCCCACUUCCUCUCUGGCGUUGUGUCCUACUGCUCUCCCACUUGCUUGCUGUGUUACAGCUACACUAACCUGCUGUUUUGUAAACAUGUUGUAAUGUGGUGGCAUUGUUUCUCUAAUAUUGAUUGAUAACCAUGAUUCUCUAAGGCCAUCCCAUCCCAGUUCCUAGGCUAAGGUAACAAAGGCUUAGUAUACUCAUCGCAAUGAGAAUAAUGAAAAAGAUACCCCAAAAAAAGUUGUUUCAGAGAUACUCUAAAGCCUUUAAUUAAUCUAUGUAAAAUAAAAAUGUAUUAAAAACCUUUACUUCAGGGCCAGCUCAGUGGCGCAGCAGUUAAGUUC